AUGAACAAGAAAAGUAAUUCUAUCAAGAAUGUUGAUGCAUACCCCAGGUACUACCCUCUUACAUCUAGAAUUUUUAUAACUACAGAUAUAUCAACUGUAAAAAUAUAUUAUAAAAAAGAGAAAAAAUAUUCAUUAUAUUUUGUUAUAAAAUUUUUUAUACUUUCUCUUUUAAUUUGGAUAUUACAGUGUUCUAAUAAUUGGAACACUUGUGGAACGUGGAAUUACGAAAAUAACUUAAAAAGUAUAUUAAAUUUAGGAGCUAAAAGAUCAUUAUCAGAAAGUUACGAUACAAUAAAACAAAAAAAAGGACUACAAUGCUAUGAACAACAAGAUACGAUGACAAUAAAUUUAGAACCAAAUAAUGAGCAAAGUGAAAUAGAAAAAAAUCUAGAUGCAGAACAAGAAAAUGAAAUAGAGACAAAAGAGGAAAAUGAGAAGGUAAAAUUUAAUGAAAGAAUAUCAGACAAAUGUGUAAAUGAUUUUAAAACAAUUUCAUUAAUUUUAGCUUUUCUUAUGUCAUUAUCUUCAUUUGUAUUAUCUCCAAUAAUUACAAAACACUAUAUUCCAGAACUUAAAAGUAGUAUUUUUAUACUAUGUAAUUUAUCUUUUAUAAUAUUUUCAAUCUUUUUACUUCACGAGGAAAUAAAAAAAAAACGUAAAAACAAAUAA